AGUAGGAUGCACUCGUCUUCUUCUUUUCUUUCAUAGCACUAAACAAAUGCCAGCUUGGCCCUGAACGAGACGGCCCGCAAGGCCACCAAGUCAAAGAACACCAACGGCAGCCCGAUCAAACUCCCCUCCAAGAUACUGGCCGCCAUCCCCGAUCCUCGCGAUGAAGACCACAUCUACGUGGCCGAAGCCGCUGGCAAUGUCAAGCGGAUAAACGUUGAAGUUGACAUCUAAUGUCACCACAACCUUUUCAGGCCCUACAGCACCCCUUACCUCUAUCUGCGUUGCUCCCUCCUCCGGCACAGUUUUUGCUGGCUGCUGGGACAAGUCCGUCUGGUCGUGGACCGGCUCAACUCGAAAGCCGGGUCGGCGAUUUCAGGGACACGCCGACUUUGUCAAAGCCGUCUUGGUCUGCACGUUGGCUGGUAAAGAAGUGCUCAUCUCGGCUUCGGCAGAUGCAAGCAUCAUCGUCUGGGACGUCACUUCAGGCGAGAAGCUUCAUACACUUAAGGGGCACACGCGGGGCAUUCUGGCACUCGCCAUUGACAACAAUUAUACCGACAAGGACGAGUCUUUGGUGCUAGUGAGCGCUGGCACCGAUCGAGAAAUCAGGCGUUGGACUAUUAGCGUC